AUCAUGUACCGCAGAUUAGCAUCAGAACAUUGUCGAUGGGGUCCAAUAUCUUUGCCUCAUCUGGGCUAAACGAAUACUCUAUUGAGCGAUGGAGAUAUGGGCCAACAUGUACCGAUUUCCUUAAGCCACCAGAGGUCCGCGAUGGAUACGACCCUUCUUCGCUUUCAUAUCACCAUAUUGUAUGGUUCAUUCAGGCUCCAUGCACUAGUUCCGGCCCUAUCUCCCAAUGCCUCACACGUACUGGAGCUCUCCGUCAUAUCAGAAAUAAAUACGGCCACAUCUCGAUCCAGCCUUGGGGGAGGUGACGGGGGUAUAUAAUGAGGUUUUCGCACAAAGUAGUCAUUUCAGAGAGAUUCCAUCACGGUCGAUCUUUUCCACUCUUUUUCCCACUCCAUCCCACGUCCACCAUGGGCAAGUCAGCAUCUCUCGCAUUUGUGACUCUGCUUUUGGGAGCCCAGUCAGUUCUUGGUGAUCCCAGCGAGGCUACGAACAAAGCCUGCACAGAUCUCAAAAAUGCUCUUCCUGGUAAAGUUCUGACUCCUGGCUUCCUCCAGCUAGAAUACGAGUAUGAGACGCAACAAUACUGGGCUACCAACCUCCGUGAAGUCGAUCCCGCAUGCAUUGUUCAGCCAAACUCUGCUCAGGAUGUGUCCGACGCUGUCAAGAUCCUGAAUAAGUACCCGACUGUACAAUUCGCUACGCGCAGUGGAGGCCAUGACCCGAACAAAGGUCACUCUACUGUCCAAGACGGUGUAGUCAUUGCAAUGACUGACCUGGUCGGAGCGAGAUACGAUGCGGAAGAGGAUGUUGCCUAUGUUAAACCGGGAGGAGAAUGGAACGAUGUCAUCAGCGAGCUCGAGAAGAGCGGUGUUGCCAUUGCUGGAGGAAGACUCGGCCUUGUUGGCGUCGGUGGACUGCUCUUGGGAGGAGGUCUCUCUUUCCUCAAUGCUCAAGAAGGGCUUGCUUCUGAUAACAUCAUCGGAUGGGAAACCGUCAUGGCGAACGGCUCCAUUGUCAACGUCGACGCCAAGAAACACCCCGACCUCGCGCAAGCCAUGCGUGGAUCUGGAGGCCAAUUUGGCAUCGUUACCCAAUUCAAAGCCAAAGUUCACCACCUUGGUAAUGUCUGGGGCGGCUCUUGUGUCUACGAUGAAAGCAAAGCUGAUCAGCUGUAUGCUGUUUUGCACGACUUUACUGCCCAAGGUGCCCAGGAUCCAAAGGCUGCCAUCAUCUUUUCUGAUCUAGUUUUUGCCGCUGGCGUCAAGCUGAAGCUGGUCUUUUACUUUUACGAUAACCCUACUCCACCGACGUCAGGCCCUUUUGCCGACUUCAUCAAAGUCUCUUCGGCCUGCAAGCCCACGACACAAAAGUACUCCGAGCUAUUGAAAAAGAACGGUGACCCUGUUGGACUGUUAAACGCUCGUUCAUUCUUCCGCACCUAUACUAUCCCGCACAUUCCAGCUCGCCCCCAGAUGUACAAGGAGAUCCGUGACAAGCUCGCCGAACUAACCACCCAAUUCCUUAGCAUACCGCCGCUCAUCCGCGCCAUCCAGUUCAGUGUCGACUUCCAGCCUUUUCCCGCCCUCUUUGGCAAGAUCUCCGCAACCAAAGGGGGAAACGCCAUGGGUCUCACCGCUUCGGAUCCCGAUCGCAUUAUUCUCAUCUUCCAAGGAGCGUGGAACUUAUCGGACGAUGACGACCUGGCGCACGGAAUCGCUAGGCAGCUUACGUCGUGGCUGGACGAGGUGGUACCCAAGUGGAUUGCCGAGGCCGGGAUGCCGGAAAAUAUGUAUAUGCCAUUGUUCCUUAACGAUGCCAUGUGGGAUCAGCCCGUCAUGCAGAGCUACAAGGACUAUAACAAGUUCAAGACCCUGCAGAAGCAGGUUGAUCCUGAUGGAUUGUGGAGCACUCGGGCUGGUGGCUUUAAGUACUAGGCAUCGGGUAGGCCACGUGUUGGGUGAGCGCAUUUUUGUUACGUUUCUGCAUGUAGAUAUUGACUGCUUUGUUGUUUGGAUUCUCUGGACUAGUUCCUGCUUCACACUUGGCCGUUCGGUCUCCAAGCAUACGCUCCCAAAUCUUGAACUUGCGUGGCGAGACAUGCAAUGGCUAUAUCGCUUUUGGAUGCGGC